AUGUCGUGGUCCACACGCUGCUUUUACGGGCCGCUUCACGAGGUGGCCGACCCUCUUGUUUUGCGACGUGUGAUGAUGCGAUUUUGGAGCCCGUUCUGCCGUGGGUUUGUUGGGCCGGAUCUCCACACAUACGACUUUAAGAAAGUUUUUGACAGCAUUCGAACCAGUGAUAGUGACUUUACGUGUCAGGUAAACGGCCGAGUGGGUAACGCCAGACUGAUUGAGGAUUUCUUUCUUUUUGUCCUUUGUGGUUUUGACUUUCUUGAUGUGAAGUUGGAGAAAUCAUCCACGGCGGAUGUGGCAAGUGACCCGUGCAAUUUCAGGGGCACCUACACGCUGGCGCACACUCGGCCAUUCUUGGGAUGGAUCCCUCCACGCGCGGCACACAGCCUGGGGACAGCACCAACUGACAGUAAGCCUGAUGUAUGCAAAGAUAAAAAUGUCGACGCCUCCGGGAGCGCAGAACAAACCUCUGAGGAAAAGUUGAUGGUUUCUUCAACAAGAUUAAGUGUGGAGCGGCAGACGCGUCUGCUGAAGGUUCCAUUUUCAGCUCGAAUGGAGGGGUCUGAAAGCGGUAUCUCUCACAUUAUCCUUCGUUCUCCCGUGGUCGAUGUGAUCAUGGGCAGUCACGAUUGCCCUGCCACCCUGCAGAGUUGUCUUAAAAAUGAAGAAGCACUUAAGGCUGUUGUUACUCUCCGUCGCGCAAAUGUGCGACCGGAGCUGAUCACUGACAAGACACUACUUGAAAUCACCGACAAAAAGGAAUCCUGGGCCUCCGCGUUAGGCAUUCUCUAG